AUGCCGCCGCACCCGUACAGCAAUGCAGAGUGUGUAACUGUCUCUAAAAAUGGCCCGGCUAGCAAGAGUAAAAGGCAUAUUGUCCAACAUUGUUCUCCAGUAUGUUUUUCAGAAAGCGGCAAGAGCAAUAUCCAAAACAUUAUAUGGACUCAUUAUUGGGAAGUAGAGGGGAUAGAGGUAGAUAUAGAGGAUGAUGCCCAGGAAAUACAAAAAGAAACUUGGAACAAGGACAUGAAGGAUGGAAGCGGAGGAAAGGGAGUUACGCAAAAGACGAUAACCAAUGUUACGGGCGGUAAUAAAUUGGGUCAUAUACCGAAAGGAAUCCCAUUGGGAAGGUGGUAG